AUGGGAUGUCUGGUUGUGUGGAAACCGCCUCGUGCCAUCUACGAUGACAACACAGUCGCACUACUCCUAGCUUUCUCAUUCUGCUCGCUCAAGACGUCGGGCGUCACGGCGGGGCACUCCCGAAAGGGCCCGUGGACCAAGUCCGAGAUUAGAUUCUUGUGUGCACUCCCACCGGAUGGCGGGGCUGCUCUCGCGCUCGGAGCAAUUUGA